AUGACAAAUUUGUUACAACAUUUAAUUCUUCAACAAGGCGAAUCUAUUUUUUGGAGCAUUCCUCUGAAAAUGAUGUACUAUUUAUUUAUACCAGUCAUUGUUAUUGAUUAUGUUGGAAUAACUUAUAUGGGAAUUUUUUUGUCAAACAAAUUAUUUGGUAGACCAAAUAUUGGAGCAUGGACAGGUCAAAUACUAGGCAAUAUAAUAAUCUUUGCGCGGAUCUAUAUGUGCAAUCUGGAUAGGGAAAUUAUUAGACUUGGUUUAUUACCAUUAAGUUUAGAAGAGGAAAAGGAUUUAGAAACAAAGGAAAAACAGAUCUUUAAUGAAAGUUCAGUUUUUGGUAUAUCCAAAAUUUGGGUAUUGGAGUGUAAAACUGGAGGUUUUUUGCAUGGCUCUCUGAUUCUUGCAGGACUUUUAUCUUGUAAUGGUUCAUUUGUUAACAUUUUUUCAUAG